UCGGCAAUAGCAGCAAUGUUUAUCUUUGCCUACGCUUUCAUCUUUCUCAUGUGUAUGAUUGGCAAUAUGCUGGUGUGUGUCAUUGUACUAAAGAAUCGACAAAUGCGCACUGUGACCAACAUGUUCAUUCUAAACCUAGCCAUAAGCGACUUACUAGUCGGGCUCUUCUGCAUGCCAACUACAUUGGUGGACAACCUCAUCACUGGAUGGCCUUUUGACAACUUCAUGUGCAAGAUGAGUGGUCUCGUACAAGGAAUGUCUGUUUCAGCAUCUGUAUUUACUCUUGUGGCCAUUGCAGUGGAAAGGUUUCGCUGUAUUGUCUACCCAUUCCGACAGAAGCUGACUCUAAGAAAAGCUAUAGUCACAAUUAUUGUCAUAUGGGUUUUAGCGCUCAUCAUAAUGUGCCCAUCAGCAGUAACUCUGACAGUGACCAAGGAUGAUUAUCACUUCAUGGUAGAUGAUUACAAUAAUUUUUAUCCUCUCUACUCCUGUUGGGAAGCAUGGCCAGAAAAGGAAAUGCGAAAGAUUUACACAACAGUCUUGUUUUCGCAUAUCUAUCUUGCUCCUCUGACCUUGAUUGUCAUCAUGUAUGCUCGCAUUGCUUUCAAGCUCUUUAAAUCAUCUGCCACCAUUCGAGGAUCCAUGUCUGAAGAACCUGAAGGUCGUAGAGUAUCCAAGAGGAAAGUAAGAGUUAUCAACAUGUUGUUUAUUGUAGCACUGUUCUUUACAAUUUCUUGGUUGCCGCUUUGGACCUUAAUGCUGCUCACAGAUUAUGGGAAUCUCAACGACCAUCAGCUCAACCUAAUUGCUGUAUAUAUAUUCCCCUUUGCUCAUUGGUUGGCCUUCUUCAACAGUAGCAUCAAUCCCAUCAUUUAUGGUUACUUUAAUGAGAACUUCCGCCAAGGAUUUCAAGAAGCUUUUAAAGUUCAGUUUUGCUCAAUAAACAAAGAGCACAAGGAAACCUAUUCGGAAAGGAAGAACAGUGGGUUUAUGUUUGGCGUAAGAAACAGGAUUUUUGUUGAAGUGCAACCCAGUGACUCAGCUCAAGGCUCAGACUCAUGCAACAGUACCACAGCAAAGGGUGGUACAGGUAUGUUCUCUUUAAGAAGUGGGAGGAUAGCCCACCAUGGUAUGGUUGUUGAAGAACUAGACAAUAAAAGCUCCAAUAACACGGUCAGCAUACCCGCAUGGGAUAUAUAA